GUGGUUAUAUAUAUAUAUAAGAAGAGAAAACAACAUUAUCAACGAGGCUUCCAUGUCACUUCCCCAUUCUCCUCCGUCCAUUUGCUUCUUUCUUAAGUAACCCAUCCCUUGCCAGUGCCAACCCCAUGAGAGACGUUCACAUUUCCUCUCCCAAUUCUUAGUCAAGCUCUUUCUCUUUCUUUCUCAAUUUGCCUUCGAAAACCCGAAGGAAAAACCAUCAAACCUCUCCAUUUCUUCAGCUUAAUUUCGAAUGGCUGCAACAGCAACAACAACCCAAACCCAACCUCCAAACCCUUUACUCAAAGCACCCAAAGGACCAGCACGAUCAAAGCUUGUUUGUUUCUCUUUUGCUGCUUAUUCCAAAACCGUUAUCGACUAUCUUAAAUCUCUUGAUAUUCCAAUCCUCCCAGGCUUAACUGACCAGGAAUUCUCCUCCAUUGAAUCGACUUUCCAAUUCACUUUCCCUCCUGACCUUCGCUCUAUCCUCCAAGAAGGCCUCCCUAUCGACCCUUCUUUCCCAAACUGGCGAUCUUCUUCUCCUCAACAACUUAACAUUCUCCUUAACCUCCCUCUCUUGUCUCUCUCCAAGAACAUUACGUUCCACAACUUUUGGUCUGAUUCUUGGGGUCCUAAACCGUCAAAUUCUAAUGAAGCUUUGGCUUUGGUUAAAAACUUAUUACAAAAAGCACCUCUUCUUGUUCCUAUAUAUAGAAACUGUUAUAUCCCUUCGACGCCAAACGUGGCUGGAAACCCUGUUUUUUACGUUGAUGGAGAGGAAGUCAGAAUCUUGAGCUUUGAUAUUACUAGGUUUUUUCAAGAAGUUGAAUUCUUGAGAAGAGGUGGGGUUGUUAAGCCUUUCAUGAGGAAGAAAACCAAUAGUGUUACUAACAAUGUUCCAGCUUGGGCAGCGACCGCGGCACGGAGGAUUGAGUUUUGGACAGAGGUGGCUAAAAGAGGAAAAAAAGUGGUGGCGCGUGGGGUCACGCGAGGGUGGUGGAGUUCGGGUGAGGUGGAGGGGGACUCAGGGUUAGGGAAAUGUAUGGAGGAAGCGUUUUGGAGAUUGAGGGAGGGAGGGUGGAGAGAGGAUGAAGUGAGGGAGGCGCUGCUGAUGGACGGCUGCGAACAAAACGAAAACCAGGAAAUGAAUGGGACCCAAUUGGUGAUGGACGGAGAGGAUGCGGCCUGGCACGUAAGGGUUUUGUCAGUUGUGUUAUUACGUGCGGGCUGGAGUAGGGAAGAUGUGGUGUACUCACUUGAUCUCCACGAUGUUAUUGAUACCGACGACGAUGACGACGACGAAGAGCUUGGGAAUGGGAUUUUUAACUAUGCGGAAGAAAAGCCUUGCUUGGAACUUCAACGUCUAAAUAGCUGUUAAUUUGAUGAUGAUCAUCAUCAAAAGAGCAGAAUUAAACAGUUGAUUCACGUGUAGACACUUCAAGUGUGAGGGACCUCACCUCAGCUCAGUAGUUUAUCAUACAAUAUAUAGUAUUUUCCUUAUAAAUAAUAUUCUUAUGCAAACAUUUAAUUAUAUUGUAAAUAAUUUUUUUACAUAAUUACAAAUAGA